GAUCGGUCCAUGUGGUUCAGGGUCCGGCAUCAGUCCGGUGUCACUCAGGGAUCGGCGGGUCCUGGGGCAGCAGGGGGACAUGGCCGAGGACGGGAGCGAGGCGGAGGACACUUUAGCGAGUUCUCUCACUCUGCUGGUCAGUUUGGGACAACUUCUGCUCCAGAACGCCAAACAGGAAGCUGCAGCCUCUCUGGAGACUUUUGUCCCUCAUAAGAUCACCACUCUGUUUGGCCUCAUCACAGCCGGAGCAGACUUGUACAGAAGCAUUGGAGUGAAGAAGAAGAGUGAAGCUGAGGCUGUUUGGCAGAAGUUUUACCACAAUGCAGCAGUGAGUGAGAAAGUUGAGGAGCUUCUGGAGCUGGAGGGUGAGUGGGACUCCUUCCUGCAGAGUGUAGACAAAGGUCUGCAGUCGACAGAUGAGCAGCUGGCAGGAGUAAAGACAGAAGACCACCUGAGUCCCGAUAUCUUGUUCACCGACGCACGCAGUGGGGAGAGUGUGAGUCUGGGCCAGUUCCUGGGUCAGGGUCAGAAGCUGCUCCUGGUUCUCAUCAGGCAUUUCGGAUGACUACCGUGAUGGGACCACAUGACCGAGCUGGAGGCCAACCAGAGCCUCCUGGAGGCUCGGUCGGUGCGGGUCCUGGUGGUUUCCUUUGGCGGUGUGGAAGGAGCUAAAGUGUGGCUGGAGCAGACUGGAUGUUCCUACGAAAUGCUGCUGGACCCACAGAGAAAGAUUUACAGGAGUUUUGGUCUUGGCUCGUCAUACAGCAAGGUGAUGAGGUUCAGCUGUCUGCUGCAGUACUCGGAGUAUGAAGUUGCAAGCAGAGAGUUCCCCGAUAUCCCCCCUCGUCUUCUGGAAGACAUCUAUCAGUUGGGCGGCGACUUCCUGCUGGAUGAUGCAGGGAAGGUGCUUCUGUCUCAUUCCUGUAAAAACCCUCUGGACAGGCCGAGUGUGGCCGACGUCAUCAAGGCCGCGGACCCUGAUGGCGGCUCCAAGUCGGAGUAGAAACGUCGACACGUGGACCGAAAACUGUGACGCACAUGCAAAAUGUGCUGGAAAACAUCACUGACAGCACAGAGGAAGAGCAGCGCUUUGAUUCACCUCAAUGACGUCACAUCUCACACUCAUGACUUCAUGAAGAGGUGUGGCUGAUGCUCUGGAAAAAAGGGUGAAAAAGAGAUGACUGAUCUUCUUUACUGUGUCAGUGUUGUGAUUUUAAGAAGGUUUAAUCUGAUUUGAUCAUGUUUGUUAACGCUAUAGCCUUACAAAUAAUCUUUAUGAUAAUGCCUUAAUAGUUUACCUCUUAACUGUUCAUUUAGAAAGUUGGGACUGUAGCAGCCCCAAGUGGCGAUGAGAGGAAAUGUAUUAAUAUAGUUAAUUACACAGAAAGCACUUAACAUGAUGCCAUCUAAUUAAUCGACUAACCCUUUUUGAUUGUGGAUGAAAAGCUUAGUAAAAGUAAAAAGUGGGUCAGUCUCUUUUGUGAAAUAGGUGAAGUUAACCAAAUUUCUAAUGAAAGUUUUGGUAUUGGCAUUCAAAUUCUUUCAACUUUUCAGAACCAGAAUCAAAGAUCAAAAACCAAUUUUUUUUUUUUUCUGUUUUUAAUUUUUCUUUUCUUUUAAAUUCUUUUUCACACAGCACUGAUCCGAAAAUUGUGUUGUAACCCAUAUCAAUGUGAAUUAGUUUCCCUUCGUGGAUUAAUAAAGUAUUUUUGAAUUUA